CCCCGCCCCGGGGCGGUGCGGCGUAGGCCUCGGCCCGGCUCCAUAAGGCCGCGGGCCGCCGGCCGGACCCAGCGCCCCAGCUUGGGGUGGGGGGGGCCCGGGGGUGGUGCGAUGCGGACACGGAGCGCCAUGGCCUGGGCCCCGGCUUGGGUCCGGGCGGUGCGGAGCUGCCUCUGCCUCCUGCUGCUGGCCGCGCCCGGGCAGCCGGGCCGCGAGGGUUUCCAGCAGGUUUCUCUGUUGUCUUCCUACGAAGUUGUAAUCCCACAGAGGUUAGGAAGAGAACGGCGAGAGGCUUUCAAUGUCUCCUCGGUACAGGACAAGGUGUCCUAUGCUAUUGAGAUAGAGGGAAAAGAAUACACAAUUCAUCUAGAAAAGAACAAAGAACUGCUGCCCAAAGAUUUCACAGUUUAUACCUAUAACAAGGAGGGAAAGUUGCAAUCUGAAUAUCCAGAUGUCCAGGAUCACUGCCAUUAUCAGGGAUACGUGGAGGGGAGCCUGGAUUCUGUGGUUGCACUCAGCACUUGCUCAGGGCUCAGGGGUUUGGUGACGAUUGGCAACAUCACCUAUGGGAUUGAGCCCAUGGAUUCCUCUUCUGGCUCUAAACAUAUAUUAUAUCGCUUGGAUAAUGUGAAGAAAGAGCCCACGAUGUGUGGAGUAACUGCUGAAGACCACGAAGGGGAACACACAGAGGAAAAUCACCAUCCCAGUAUGACUCAGCUGCUGCGAACGAAGAGAGCAGUCCUCCAUCAAACAAGAUACGUGGAGCUGUUCAUAGUUGUGGAUAAAGAAAAGUUUGAAGAUUUUGGGAAGAGUGAAACAGAAGUAAGAGAACACAUGGUGCAACUGGCAAACUUCCUCGACAGUAUGUACAUCAUGUUGAACAUCCGCAUUGUGCUGGUGGGUCUGGAGAUCUGGAAGUAUGAAAACAUCAUCAGCACAGAUGGAGGAGCUGGCGACGUGUUGGCAAACUUUGUACAGUGGCGAGAGAAGAACCUUGUUUUGCGCCGGAGACAUGACAGUGCCCAGUUUGUCCUGAAGAAGGGGUUUGGUGGCACAGCUGGAAUGGCCUAUGUUGGAACAGUGUGCUCCAAGAGCCACGCAGGAGGCAUUAAUGUGUUUGGAAGAAUCAGUAUACAGAUGUUUGCAUCAAUUAUGGCUCAUGAACUGGGGCAUAACCUGGGGAUGAACCACGAUGAUGAGCGUGUCUGUCACUGCGGAGCAAGCAGUUGCAUCAUGAGCUCUGGAGCAUCGGGAUCGAGGAACUUCAGCAGCUGCAGUGCAGAAGACUUUGAGAAGCUAACUCUCAACAAAGGUGGAAGCUGCCUGCUCAACGUUCCCAAGCCUGAUGAAACCUAUAGUGUCCCGUACUGCGGGAACAAGCUGGUAGAUGCUGGGGAGGAAUGUGACUGUGGUUCACCAAAGGAAUGUGAAAGUGACCCUUGCUGCGAGCCGGGCACUUGCAGGCUCCGAUCCAGUGCUGCAUGUGCUUAUGGUGACUGCUGUAAAAACUGCCAGCUCCUUCCUGGAGGAACUGAGUGUCGGGCGAGUAGCAACGAGUGUGACCUCCCAGAGUACUGCAAUGGCACAUCCCAGUUCUGCCAGCCAGACUUCACUGUGCAGAACGGGCACCCAUGCCACAACGAGGAAGCCUAUUGCUACAACGGGGUCUGCCAGUACUACGAUGCACAGUGCCAGGAUAUCUUUGGCUCCAAAGCCAAAGCAGCUCCCAACAUCUGUUUUGCUGAAGUGAACUCCAAGGGUGACAGAUUUGGCAACUGCGGUUUCCAUGGCCAUGACUACAAGAAAUGUUCCAGCUGGAAUGCCAUGUGUGGGAAGCUGCAAUGUGAAAAUGUGAAAACGAUGCCUGUGUUUGGAAUUAAGCCUGCCAUUAUCCAAACUCCCAUUAGAGGCACCAUGUGCUGGGGUGUAGAUUUCCAGCUAGGCUCCGAUGUCCCGGACCCAGGGAUGGUGAAUGAAGGCACCAAAUGUGAUACUGGGAAGAUCUGCAGACACUUCCAGUGUGUGAGUGCCUCUGUUCUGAACUACGACUGUGACGUGGAGAAGCAAUGCCAUGGACACGGAGUGUGCAAUAACAACAGGAACUGUCACUGUGAACCAGGCUGGGCCCCUCCUUACUGCGAUGCGAAAGGCUACGGCGGCAGCGUGGACAGUGGGCCCCCCUACAAUGACUCCUCGCUGAGAAACGGGCUGCUGGUGUUUUUCUUCCUGGUCCUCCCACUCCUUGUAGCUGCUGCUGUGGCAUUUGUAAAACGAGACAGGCUGAAGCGGUGCUAUCGAAGAGCAAUGUCGCGCUGCCACUCGUCACGUCCAUCAGCACCUCCUAGGACAGAAGCUGAGCCAAGAGACCACCACCACCAUCACCGAGGCUUCUCACACGGCAUGCCCUAUGCGCCGAGGGGUGCCCCCAUGGAUAUGGAACCAAACACCUUUCCUGUCCCAUCUUACCCAGUUAACCAACACCCUCAGCAAGCUUACCACCAGUCUUACUACCCUCCUCUGCAAUACCAGGCCCCACAGCCGCAGAAGCUGCCGACAAGGCCACCACCUCCGCAGCAGCAGUGCGCACCUCAGGGACCGCCUCCGUCACAGCACAAGCGUUUACCUCAGGGACAGUACUUCCCUUCUCGACCCGCACCUUUGCCUCCCAAAUAGCUUUUUGGCUUCUGUGGGGCCUUGACGUGAGCUGACCUGGUCACUGAGAGCUGAGAUUGCAGUUACCCUUCGUGCAUCGAGUGGCCCUCGGCAGUCCCGGCGAGCCUUCCCGCUGCAGCCCGGGAUGAGGCGGAUGAGAUAGCGCAACGAGGAAUGUAAAAAACUUUAAACUAAAUACCUCUACCAAAGCUCCAGGGCCUGAAAACACCUAAACCCUGUUCCCAGAUCUGAGCGUGUGGCUUUGGGAACGGCGCAGGGCUGGAAGCUCGGUCGCUGUUGGAGUUCAGCACUUGGGAGUUGCUUUUGGGUUCCCCAUGAUGAGCCCGGAUGAGGGAGUUGUGUGACCUGUUGUCGCCUCUAAAUGUGCAGUGAGGAGCUGAAGUGACCCGUUACCCUUCUCAAACCAAGGAGAUCAGGCCAGUUAAUUUAAAAUCACUUUACAAGGACUGGAAGACAUUGUCCAUUUACACAACAAUGGCACAGGGGGAAUAAGGUAUCAGUGUACUCUUUCAGAGGAAGAUAAAUAUAUUGUGCACAUGUUUAUGCAUGUAUAUAUGUGUAUUGAUGUGUAAUAAUGCACUUAAAUUCUUACUUUCGUGCUGACUGACACUAAGCUGUGCUAUAUGAGCACAAAGUUUAAUGGUUUUAAAUUAGUAAUGGUGAGUUGCUAAAUGAGAAUCAUGUACUAAUUGCCACUAAUACCACCCUAUUGUGGUAGUGAAAAUAAAGGUACGAAAAGACAUGGCCCUAUUCUGGUUUUAAGAAGUGGGGUGCUCUCAGGUUUGAAUUUGGAUCUGAAGAGCACUGACAGUGAAAGGUGAGUCUGCCUUGACCGGCUGAGCUUCCCUGAGCACUUUAAGCAGGAACCUGCUGCCUGUUGCAGCCCUUUCCCCUGAUCCCCAAACCUUUUAGUGUCGGGAUGCUCCUAGGCAUGACCUACCCUCUGCUUCCACAUCCUGGACUAAACUAGGGUUUAAAACUCUUUCUGGAGUGCAGGGUUGAGCCCUUGGUGGUGUGCUGGUGAGGAGAGAUCAGGUAAGGGUGAUGCUGCUGUGCAUGGGUCGCAAAUAGAACCAGUUGCCCAAACUUGCUAGAAAUAAGUCCUGAAAAGAGCUCGGCUUUUUCCCUUCGUGCUGGCCACCGAGUGCAAACUCAGCGUGUAAAAUCCCCCCUAAUAUUGCCAAAACCCACAUCUUUUCCUCUGUAUAUACAUAUAUGUAUACAAUAACAAUAUGUAUAUAGUGUUUGCAGUUACAGUAAUAAAAUACUUGAACUCCUGUGGUUUCCCAUAAACGUAGACUAAGAUUUAUAACACUAUUAAAAUCUGUAAACCAUUACCUAGGCUAUCACCAGGUGUAUCUGUGGGGGUCCUCCGUUUGUUCCCACGUAAUCACUUCCCUGUUUUCUGCUGUGUCCUGCUCCCUGGGGGUUGUCUGUGUGUCUGUCCAUCCAGACCGGCUUCGAGGUGGGGACGGGAGAAGGAAUCCAGGGCGGAGAGAGAUGUAUGAACUGUCUGUGUCCACUAAAACUGUGCUGAAAAUGGUGCCUUUUAACCCAUAAAGAGUUUUUAUACUGGCCUCAGCGUGUGGGGGGGGGGACAGAACGAUGCCAGAGGAUGGGAAAUGGCUCCGGUGGGAUGCUGAUGGAUGAACUACUGGCCGUUGUGUAACGCAUGUGCCUGUCCCCGUCGGGCUCCGACCAAAGGGCUGUUCCCGACCCGCGUUGUAAGCAACAAACAGCAAUAAAAGACGCCGGUUUUUGUACAAGG